AUGGGGAACCCCAUUGAUGAUUGUUGGCGUUGUUAUCCCAACUGGGUUAUUAACAGAAAGAGACUAGUUGACUGUGCUAUCAGAUUAGGCAAAAACACCAUCAGAGGUAAGAAUGGGAGAUUUUAUAUAGUUAUAGAUCCAAAUGAUGAUGACCUGAUCAAUCCUCAACCUGACACUCUGCGGCACACUGUUAUUCAAACCGAGCCUCGCUGGAUUAUUUUCCAAAGAGAUAUGCUUAAUCAACUCAAGGAGGAGCUUAUCAUGAAUAGUUACAAGACAAUCGAUGGGAGCGGAGCUCCACCUGCCUCCUCCUCCCCUCCCCCGCUCACGUUCAUCGCUCACAGUUGCUGCGGGCUCACUGUGGUGGCCGUAGGGGCCGCGGUGGCCGCAGGGCGCCGCGGAACCUACGUGCACCACAAUGGCGCCGCCCGCGUGGGUUCCCUGCGGCUAGGGUUUGGGUCGCCCAACCCUCUGCGUUGGGAGAGGGGCAGACAGGGCCCUACAGGGGAAUCCUCGCGAAGCGCAUCUCAUGCUCCUAGCCAGGGAAAUUAUCAGCAAUCCAAUGGUCCGACAAGUAAUAGAGGAGCUUGCUUCUCUUGUGGGAAGUAUGGUAACAGAGCUACGCAGUGUCCUCAACGUUUCCACAACACAGGUAGUCAAUGGCUGGCAGCGUCAGAGCCUUCAGUGGGAGAUGCAGGUAGAUCUCACAGAGUGUUCGCAACGGUGGAUAACCGCCAAGCUGAUCAUCAAGGUACAGUUAUAGAAUCAGCAGAGAUGGCACGAGUCAAACAGACAGCUCGCAAAUCCGUAGCAGGUUAUGCUCACUACUUAAAAGUCAAGAAAGAUUCUUUGACACCUGUCAAGCCUGUUGUGGAGGACAACCUAGCUCCUGAAGAGAACCCAGCUCCUGAAGAGAAUUUGGAGAAAACUCUCAAUUCAGAAAAACGUCGGAAUAAUCGCACUGAGAUAACGAGUUUAAAUAAUUCGAAAAGAAAGCUGAGCUCGUGCGAAACGGGGAACCCCAUCGAUGACUGUUGGCGUUGUGAUCCGAACUGGAUUAACAACCGAAAGAGACUGGCUGAUUGUGCCAUCGGAUUUGGCAAAAACGCCAUUGGAGGUAAGAAUGGCAGAUUUUAUAUAGUUACAGAUCCAAAUGACGAUGACCCGGUCAAUCCUCGACCUGGCACUCUGCGGCACGCUGUUAUUCAAACCGAACCUCUCUGGAUUAUUUUCCAAAGAGAUAUGGUUAUUCAGCUCAAGGAGGAGCUUAUCAUGAACAGUUAUAAGACUAUUGAUGGUAGAGGUGCCAAUGUUCAUAUAGCAAAUGGAGCUUGCAUUACAAUUCAGUAUGUGACCAAUAUUAUCAUUCAUGGAGUCCAUAUCCACGACUGUAAACCUGCGGGAAAUACAAAUGUUAGGAGCUCCCCGACCCAUUAUGGGUUUAGAACCAAGAGUGAUGGAGAUGGGAUUUCCAUCUUUGGAUCAAGCGCAAUUUGGGUUGACCACUGCUCAUUGUCAAGUUGUGCAGAUGGUUUGAUCGACGCCAUCAUGGGUUCCACUGCCAUAACCAUUUCAAACAGCUUUUUCACUCACCAUGACAAGGUGAUGCUCUUGGGACACAGCGACGCCUACACCAAGGACGUCAAAAUGCAAGUAACAGUUGUUUUCAACCAUUUUGGAGAAGGGCUUUUUCAACGUAUGCCCAGAUGUCGACAUGGAUACUUUCAUGUGGUGAACAAUGAUUACACCCACUGGGAAAUGUAUGCAAUCGGGGAAAGUGCAAACCCCACCAUUAACAGCCAAGGUAACAGAUUCCUUGCUCCUGAUUAUCGAUUCCGCAAGGAGGUUAGAAAGCACCAAGAUUCAACAGAAGGCAACUGGAGAUCAGUGGGAGAUCUUAUGUUAAAUGGGGCAUUCUUCACAGCAUCAGGGGCUAAAGCAUCCUCAAGCUAUGCCAAAGCUUCUAGUAUGGCAGCAAGACCUUCCUCUAUUGUGGGCUCUAUCAUUGCAAGUUCGGGUGUUCUCACCUACAGAAAAGGUUCCAGCUGUUAG